UUGAACGGCGAAGAAAAGAUGUUGUGAUACAAUCACAACCCUAUAAAUCCAGCCAGCUGUGAAAAUUAACUGCAAGCAUCAAUGGAGAAUUUCGCUGUUGCGCCCUUGAAUUCCUCUUAUCAGUCCUCAGACGAGGAAAAAGCGAACCCCGUAGAAGGCUAUGAUGACUUGACCUUUGCAGUAUUUGUUGCAACUUGUAUGACAGAAGAGACGCCGCUAAUCGCCGUAUCGCCAAAAGAACGCGGCGCUUCUGUGUGGAAGGCAACCCUAAACAUUAUCAACUUUAUCGAAGGAGUUGGCUUUUUAGCACUUCCAUUCGCUAUCGCCAAAGGUGGCAUUGCAGGGAUCGCUGCGUUUAUUAUCAUGCCCUUUAUCUAUUGGUUCACUGCGAAAAUACUGAUCGAAUGUCUUUACAAGAAAGACAAUCUCCAUAGACGCAUGCGCGUGCGCUCUUCUUGGAAUGAAAUCGGAAAAGAAAUGUGGCCGAGAUUUGGUGGGACUAUGAUAGUUGCUAUUCAAUGUUUUGAUUUAACCGUCAUCGCAACAUCCUACCUAAUCGUUUGCGGCUCUCUGAUGGCAUCGGCUUUCCCUUCAUUGCCCUUGACCGUUGUCAACUGGACGUGCAUUGCAGCCGUUGUGGUUCUUCCGUCGACAUUUCUUAAGUCUCUCUCGCAGAUUGCUUGGCUCAGCGUCAUUGGAAUCGCAGCUUUACUUGGAACUGCAGCGGUCAUUUUUUGGUAUGGGGUUACGCAUCGUUCCCAGUGGAACCCCAAAGAGCUCUUGUUCUGGGACACGCAAGGGUUCCUCAUCUCACUGGGGAUAAUUAUGUUCAGCUACGGUUCAGCCCCCAUUGUACCUUCCGUGGAGAAAGGUAUGGCCGAUAAAUCGAAGUUUGGACGAGCUUUGGGACUUGCCUACGUAGCUGCAGUGUUCUUUAAAUUGAGCUUCUCCAUUUUUGGUUUUCUGUCGUUCUCUUUUGCCACAGAUGAAAUUAUAACGAACAAUUUACCUCACAAUCUACCCCACGUGAUAGUCAGUGUGGUGUUUGUGUUAAGUUGUUUAUUUUCUUACGCCUUGCCUCUCCAGUCUGUUUUUCAAUACAUUGAGGACUCUGACACUUAUGGUCGACUGCAAAGGAAGGUACAGAUACCCCGAAUAGUUUAUACGGUGGGAAUUCGAGUUCUACUUGUUUCCAUAACCCUCACAGCGGCUGCCUUUAUUCCCCAUUUUGGUUUGUUAUCAUCGUUUUUCGGCAAUUUAUCUCUUCCUUUAUUCAAUUGCAUUCUUCCUUGCGUGGCUCAUCUGAUUCUUAGGAGAGAGGAUUUAAAACGGCGGGAAGUCGUUCUGGAUUAUGUCUUGAUCGUUUUUGGUGCAUUGGUGACGAUAUUUGGAACUUUUGUCUCCAGUAAAGCUUUGAUUGAAACACUACAUAAAUAAGCAAGUGAUA